AUGUCUACACAUUCGCAGGUUCUCGAGGGCUAUCAGAAGCGCCUGGCCGCCCUUGAAGCCUCCUCCAAUCCUCUGGCUCAAGGAGCUGCCUUCAUCGACGGAGAGAUCGUGCCCCUUCUCGAAGCCCGCAUUCCAAUCAUCGAUCAGGGUUUCCUCCAUGGCGACCUCACCUACGACGUCCCCGCCAUCUGGGACGGUCGCAUCUUCCGCUGGGAAGACCACUUGGAUCGACUGGAGGCGAGCUGCAAGAAACUUCGUCUAGUCUCUCCUCUAUCGCGUGAGGAGAUCACCAACGCCGUCGUGGAGAUGACCAAGAAGAGCGGCAUCAAAGAUGCCUAUGUCGAGCUCAUCGUCACCCGCGGCAUGCACUUCGUCCGGAGCCUCAACCCCAACGAAGCGCCCAAGCCGUGCGCAAUCUAUAUCAUCGUCAUGCCAUACGUGUGGGUGAUGCCUCUGGAAAUGCAAGAUGUCGGCGGCGCUGCAAUCAUCACGCGGACCGUCAGACGUAUACCCCCUGGCGCCAUCGACCCUACCGUCAAGAAUCUGCAGUGGGGUGACUUUAUCCGCGGCCUCUUCGAGGCUCGGGACCGGGGGUCUAUGUAUCCUAUCCUCACUGACGGCGAUACGAACCUGACUGAGGGGGCAGGUUACAACAUCUGGAUUGUAGUGGAUGGCGUCCUGUACACGCCUGAGCGCGGCGUUCUUGAGGGUAUUACUAGGAGGACUGUGAUUGAGAUUGCCCGCGCAAAGGGUAUUGAGGUUCGGGUUGAGGUUGUGCCGGUCGAGCUUGCAUACAAGGCGCAGGAAAUCUUUACAUGCACGACGGCGGCCGGCAUCUCGCCUAUCGUCACGCUGGACGAAGUCCCCGUUGGCGAUGGCAAAGUUGGUCCCGUCACCAAGCUCAUCUGGGAUGAGUACUGGGCGUGGCACUACGACCCUAAGCUCACGGUGGAAAUCAACUAUGAUGCCUAA